AAUAUAAAGUGGGACCCAUUAUUUUAUUUUGUUCACUCAUGUGAAUGCAAAUGCCUUAUGCAGAGAUGGAGAAGGUGUGCAGAUCUUAGCAGUGAACAUGUUUUCACUCCCCACCAAUGUGACCAGCACGGAUGUCUACAACAGCAUCCAGAUGUCCCUGAGCAACUGUAGCCGGACGUACUCCCACUGCACCAUUAAGCUUCAGCACCAUCUCUCCUAUCACGCGGAGAGCCUGUGUUUGGCCCAGAACACCAAGUGUGAUUCGCAGUACUCUGUGUGCACGGACACUAGCGGAACCCCAUACUGUCAGUGCCACCCAGGAUACUUUAAAAAGAAUCCAGGGGACAUGACCUGCAGAGACUGUGGAGAUGGACGCAAACUUGUUAACGGCAGCUGUUUUGAGUAAGUAUGUGGUUUUUAAAUGCAUUUUAUGUAAAAAAUUACCAGUCAAGGUUUGAACAUACCUACUAAUUAUAGAUUAUUGUUUUUCCCCAGUUUAGAAUUAUAAAGUCAUUCAAAACUAUGAA